AUUAUGCACAAUACUUAUUAUAUUAUUCUUUCACAAAUUUUACCAAACAUUUUAUAUCACGAAAAUUUACAUGUUAACAUUACAAAGAAGCCGUUCGGCGUCAGGGGUUUGUGUUAUUUUGAUUGACAUUGAAGUGCUAUUUUAGUUUACAUAUGUUUGAUUGAUACGAAUUUAGUGUAAACAGUGAAACAAAGGGACGUAAAUAUGUCGGGUCGGGUACGAAAGCAAUCCGAUUGUCCCGUGGGCAAACAGGGACCAAUGCGAGCCACUUUACCUGUAUCUUCUAUAAUGAAGCAAAGUGGUGGUCUUAAAAAGAAUGCUGGAAAUAGUCCCACACUAUCGCCGACUAAUGUGUGGCGGCGGAUUUCUCCCGAUCACGCUCUAUCCGGCCAAAGAAGUCCUGGUGCUGUCAAUUAUAAAGGUAAAGGAAGAUUUGGGUCUAAUGUAAUUAGACGGACAGCUUCGUUAGAUACCUUAUACCAGAAAGGACAGUGGUCUAGAGACUAUUAUUUACAUGCUGGUCAGCUACAAAUUGAUAAAUCUACACAAACAGAUGAAGGAGGUGGGGUAUCAGGUCGAUCCUCAAGAAGCUCAGAUGAUGACAAGCUUGAUAGAUUCUUGAGGAGCCGUUUACAGCGUCCUCAUAAACCUACUGGAUCUGGAGAUUACUCAUCACAAACAAUGAGUCCUGGCAUGUGGUCACGGUUUGGAGGUGGUGGAGUACCAUUGCGAGCAGCUAGAUCUUCAGUAGAAGGUCUAAAUCAGGAAAUUGAGAGACUGGUACUAUGCCCUGCCAGUGGCACACAAACUCCACAUCUGGAUCGGUUAAAGGAUAAGGUGACACCAGAAGGACAUCGAGCUCCACUGGCUGAACUGCUGAGGCGCUCUGUCAAUACUCAAACUCCUCAUGAUCUCUGUCAUACCACACAUUCUUCAGAUCCAUCAUCUCGAGGUUCACUGUCAAGUGCUGGGUCAGCAGAACUUCUAGCUGCAGGUGGGAGUGUAUGUUCAUCACCGGAUCUCGAUGGCUCAAAACUUGGAACAUCGCCCCAGAUCAAUCGGUUCUUAGCUCGGGAACCGCCAGAUGGUUGUGAAAAGGUAAAUUUAAAGGCUGGAGAAGGCUCAUAUACCGAAGCAAUGUCGGUCAUGAAACCAUCAUCGCCGGGGUUCACGCUCCGGCCAUCACUCGGGUCUGCCUUUCACCCACUGCAACCGGCGCACCAAUCACAGUCUCCAACCGCACCACACUAACUCACCCCACUGUACUUAGGAACCUACAGGGAUAAAACAAGAGUUCACCGCGAAUGAAGCUGCUUAUGAUUUAUGGUUAUUAUUUGGUUACAGUAUAAAUCUAUAUUUUUAAUUGUUUAUUAUGAUCUUCCAUGACAGCAUGGAUUCAUAUUAUCUUUGUAAAAUAACAAAUCAGUUUAAAUAGUCUACUUAUUAACAGACAGUUAUGUGCUGUAAUAUUGCAUGUUACAAUUAUUAUUAUUAACUUAACAGACAAAAACAAGCGUUUGUUGGGAGGCCUAACAGUGCAAUAGUUCAUUGGCAUGUCGUGUAGUUUUUUUUUUUCAUAAAGUAGAUGAUGUGGCCAUUACCGCAUAUGAUAUGAGAUCGCGUGCUUAAACAAACAAGGUUGAUAAUAUUUGCAACUUAUUAUGAAUAAGAUAUGGCCAUUAUUUAAAAAAUAUAUAUUAAAAGAUAAUAUUUUUGAAUUAAACAGUACGUUCAGAUAUAUUUAACUUAGAUAAUUUAUGCGUCUAAGAUAUUGUUUCUUGCUGUUUGACAAAACAGGCCAGGUUUAAUACUUUAGUGUGCGUGACAUGCUACGUCUUACACUCGCGAUUUGUAUGACACAUUGUGUUAGUGUGCGUGCGUUGUUCAAAAUAGACUCUUAAACUCAAUUUUUAUCGAUUUUUUUCACAGCUGCCAUAGAAACGUAUAAGUGAUCUAAGAUAUUUUAUAUCAUAUUUUUUGUAGAUAACAUUCAAAGAUCAGCGUAAAGUUGUUAGUUGAACACAAACUGUUUUUUAACCGUUCUGGAUGGUUGCAGUCUAGAAUAAAAACUAAAUAUAAACCCCAUCAAAUAAUUUUCAAUAAGAACAGUCAUCGACUCUUGAAACGACUAUCGAACAGAGAUAAGUUGGACGUAGAUAAUUCCAGAAAAACGUUUCAAACCACAAUCAUGUCGAAAUUGAGUUUAGAAUAAAAUUGGUCACGUGAUUCAAAUUACCGGGCUGAGAAAAAAUGACAGCCCUACUCUCUAAAUUACAUCAUGACUUAGUAGCCCAAUCCACAUGUAUGGAAUAGACUAAUAUUUAUUAAACCUUAACGAAUUCCUUAAAAUGUGAUGUUUGUGGCUUAGGACGUUAUUCCGGGAAUUACGUCCAAUUGUCGUUUUUUAAUAAUUAGGUUGCACAUGACAUUCAAUUGUUAGAUCUCUGUGUCCUCUUUAUAUCUAGUUGUAUUUUAUUAAUAAAAUAUUAUAUUGCAAUAGUAAUGCCACUAUAAAUAUUCUUUUCAGUUUUUUUGAGAAAAAAAUAUACGGUGGUAAAGUUCACAUAAUUUGUUUUUAUAACAGCAAAUUAGGCGGUAAUCUUCUAAUAUAUAAAAUUCUCGUGUCAUGCUGUUAAACAUUGAACUCCUCCGAAACGGCUUGACCGAUUCUCAUGAAAUUUGAGUGCAUAUUGGGUACGUCUGAGAAUCGGACAACAUCUAUUUUUCAUCCCCCUAAAUGUUAAGGGUGGUCCACACGAUUUUUUUUUUAAUUUUUUUGACAUUUUUUUUUUAAUUUGUUUGAUUAUGAGUCAGCAUUAAAAAAUACAUACAACUUCAAAUUUUCACCCAUCUACGAUCAACAGUUACUUUUGUAUCGCGAUUUUAAUAUCGGCAAUACAACGUUUGCUGGGUCAACUGGUAACUUUAUAGAUUUUGAGAUUUUUUUUCUCGUAAAAACAGACAUUACUAAUUGUCAAAGUGGCAUUAAUAUUGUAGUCUAAUGAUUUAUGUUUUUAGCUUUAGACAAAGUAUUUUAAAUAAUCGACAAUUCAAUUAAGUUUAACAGCAUAUAAGUUUGCGAAAAAUAUUUUUAAUUACUGUAUAUAUUUCUUUAACUCAACUGUAGUACAGUGCUCCCAAAUUAAUAAUGCGCAUACAAAUCUUCGCUAAUGGGCGUAUUCCCGGAAACACCCGAAUCAUUCAAUCGUAAGAGCCCUAAACAAUGCACUUGCAUUUGGCACCUUGUGCGAAAGAAAUAGGGAGUCAAAUCAUGUGUUCACAAUACGAAAACAAAUCGGGCGGUCGGCUGUGGUAGCCGGCAGGGGGGUGCAACUUCCCUACAUUGGCACAUGAAAAAAAUUUGCAUUGAAAGUGCUGCCACCUAUUCUAUUAGGUACGCUGCAACUUCACCACGAUGGCGAUAAUUUAACAUACAUGAUAGAUGGAUAAUUGGAUAGAUGGAGCUAGUGAUAGCAAAAAACUCACUUAACUUACUUAUUAUAGACUUGACUAUCGUGUUGUAAUCAUUGCAUGGCUCUCCUUAAUAAAUGGUGACUGCUGAACUUAAUAAACGAACAAUUAUUUCCACCCACUCAAAACAAACAACAUGCAUUCAAUACGGUCUACAACAAUAUUAAAAACUACAAACAUAAUUAGCGCCAUCUAGCGACGGUACGCUAAGAGCGUAAAAAUAACGCAGCGCCAUCUCUUGGCCCGGGUUCACUGAUUUUACAAAAUAAAAACAUGAGUUGCACAUCUAUCUCUAGUAUAUAGUGUAUUAUCUAUGGUAGCCGGUCAGUCAGUCGUAUUUAAGUUUUGGUGUCGACUGCACGUGUUCAGUCUAUGUGGAAUUAUAUGGGCCUCAUAUUACACACCCGUCUUGUUAUUAUUAUUAUUGUAAUAUAAUUCUACUAAAUUAUGCAAAAGUAAUGCAUUUUACCACUCUAUAUAGAUAUCGUCUCCCGACGGUCGGGAAAUACGACCGUUGCCGAAAAGUGGCGAAGAUCUGUAUGCGCAUUAUUAAUUUGGGAGCACUGUAUACGUUUUUAAAACGCAUUACAUUAUAAGCAUUAAUAUGACAGACACGUUGAUCCAGCUGUGCGCGUGUUUCAGACAGGGUUGCCAGAUCGAAAUUAAAUACAAUUAUAUUAUUUGUAUACUAAUUAUAUCAUGUGUAUCUAGUAUUUAUACUUGAUAUUACAUAAGCUAAGUUUUAGCAGACUUUUUUAUAUAGUUGUAUAUAAAAUAACUGAUUCUUUAUAAUUUUUAUUUCUUUGAGGUAACUCUGAUUCUACGUAACUUGUUCAAUAAAUAAUACAAUAAUUAUAUAUUUUGUUAGUUUCUGUAAUAACAUUCGAUUUUAUAUUAUUUUCAAAGUAUACGGUAUUAAUAACCGUGUGCUUGUGGCAGCCCUAGUUUGGAACGUCAUAUUAAUAUUACCGGUUUCUACGUUACCCAAGUGGGUAAGGUGUUUGUAAAUUUCUCGCAGCAUUAGCUUGAUAUGAUGAAAUAAAUAAAUUUAUACGCGAAAAUAUGCAAGCAGCCUCCAACAUAUUAUAUUCAAAAAAAGCAACAAAAAUCAACAUUUAUUUGAUCUCAACUUGUAUAUAUUAUACUACUCCAAUUGUUUUUUACGGCAUAAGGUAACAAAAUGCAGCAGUGAAUAAAAUAUUUAGUGAUGACAUCGGUACAGUGUUCUAAUGAUAAAUAGCUUUAACUCUCGGAUUUGAAGGGAAUGCUUACGACAGACUGAUUUUUAAAUCUUUACACAUACUUUGAUACAGGUCUCUUGACAAGUAAAUUAAGAAAUGACUUAAGUAUUUGUAACAAUUUGUUUUAAUGUAAGCAUGUACAUUAUUACGUAAGCCUCUUAUUAUAAUAUCUAUACUUACUUGGGGAUGUCGAAACAAUUAGUUCAUUUUCUUUCAAUUGUAUGAAAAAACAGCAGCGCCGCGGGCGGUCAGUAAUGGAACUAAUUAUUUUACCGAUACGUACCUCUAGGCUAUAGAGAGCCGGUCAGAACAAAAUUCAUGAUUCGUGUAGGUAAUUGUUCAAUCGGUACAAAAGUAAAAAAUAUUUUGAAAAUUUUCAAACUACCCACAUUUACACUGAGGGUAAAUAAAAAAUAAUGGAACUAAUUUUUUUCUACAAAUACAUAAUGUCUGUCGGAAUUAAUUUGUUAUUGACACACUGAACAAUCUACAAUAUGUACAAACACCAAUCAAUUUGUAUAUUACGGUACAGCGCCCUUGGCGGUCAGUAAUAUAACUAAAUCUUUUAAACAAAUUUAAGGCCGCCUGAUGCGAAAUAAAUCGAAACUCGGAUCAAAUGUUAGUCAACAGUGUUCUAUUGCAACUUAAAAUCGAUCAUAAUAUUAUGUUAUUACUUUAUCAUAUUUUUAUUACGUUUAUUCUAUAUGUUCUUCCUUAUGAUAUAUCAAUGUGGGUAAUGGUUGCGGUUUGUCACCUGUCUGCUGCUAACUGUCUUAAUAUCUCGAUCUUUGAGGUAUCUGUGAAUAUAAUCGUGGAGUAUCUUAUAAAAAAACCUUUAAUCUCAAAAAUGUAACAAAUAAAACACCAAACGAUUGAAAUGCGUGUAAAUAGAUACAGUCUGAUAUUAAUUAUGUCGUAAAUUUAAUUUAAUUUUGUUUUUCUAAUCAUUGUGAUCAAUUUAUUUGCAAAAUAUUUUGAAAUGGAGUUAUAAUUGAAAGGACGUUAUAUAUAAAUAAACUAGGGAUAAAGCUAUAGAGAAUAAACUAAGAAUAUGCAAAAUGUUGACUAUAUCUCUGACAACACUGUCAAUAAAAAGAUAAUUCAGAUGUUUUUCGAAUGACUAUGCGUCCGAAUACAUUAAUCGUAAGCAAGAUGUCUAUUUGCAAACAUUUUGCAUAUUCUUGGUUUAUUCCCAGGUAUAACUUUAUACCAGGUUUAUUUUAAAGGCCGUAAAUGAAUUACUUUCUAGAAGCGUACAGAAAAAAUAUUUGUCAAGAAUCUGUAUUAAGUAUUCUAAUUGGGUCGCGGUAUCUGCUUUCGGUUAAGGUUGACAGGACCACGCCAAUGGAUGUCCUCAUUUUGGCCAAAAGCAUUUCAUCAUCGAGACUGAUAAUAUAGAAUGUUGAAAACAUAGAGUAAAAGUCUGGUCUAAUGUUUUUUAAAGGUUGUAAUUUUUCGACGGCAAAUAUAUUUUUAAUGGCUCACGUUUGGAAUAAAGUAAUUAUUGUAUUGCUCAAUCGAAAUUUAUAUUUAGGAGCCACGCUUAUGAACGGUGCCGAAUUUGGUUACGUAAACAUGUGAUGAUGAAACUGGCAUCGCUAAUAUGUAUGUACAUAAUUAAAUAUAUGUAAAUGAAUGUGAUAUGUAUGUGAAUAUUGACUACAGUUCGGGUUUGAUGGUUAAUGGGGUGCGUCACAAGAAUAACCAUGGACUGUCGAUUUACUUACUAUAAGGUGCUGUGGGUUCGUUAUAAGGUUUACAGUCUGGUGCGAAGUAUGUCCGAGCGCUCGCUUUCAAAAGACAAGUCUUCGAGAAUAAUUUUCAUGUGCGAGAAUUUGGAAUGAUUUAUUUCGAAUUAACUCAAUACGAAGUAUCGUUGGCAAGUCCUAGUACCUACUUCUUUCUGAUAAGACAUAACAAAACCUUGUGCAGUGUUCAGGACGACACGAUAUGGGUAUUGUAAAAUGACGGUAUUUAAAAAAAGGCGUAUAUACCUUAAUAAAAGGCCAGCAAAGCUAAAUUCCUCUGGUGUAGCAAGACAAUGUUUGCGGCGGUGGUCACUUAACAUCAGGUGACCCAUACGCUCGUUUGUCCUUCUCUUAUAUUAAAAAAAUAAGCAAGACGUUUACCUCAUGGUUAGUGAUAUGCCUUACCCAGUUCAGUGCUGCUCAGGGUUUUCGAAAAGCCAACAAUCUGAGCGGUAUCGUGACACAUUAGUUGUCCCAUCAGCUCAGUAGCAUCAUUAACUACAGCUUACAUACUUUGUUAGUUUAAACCGAAUAGCUUGAUGGCAGGCCAAGGCACCGCUGUGGUGUGGACACCUUCUUGAAAUUUUGUUUUACGAAGCCUCCUUACUGGGCUUUCUAAUGACAACAUUAAAAUAUAGUUUUUUUUUUAUAUAUGACAAUAAUUAUUCUCGAAAUCUCGUCUUUAAAUAGGAGCGCUCGAAUAUUAAAAUUCUCUUUCCUAAACUGGCUUGCCACAGAAGCAGGGAGGCGUUCCAGUCAUUUGUAAUCCGAUGAUACAUUUUUUUGUAAUUUAUUUCAGAUAGCAUUGCCGCGUAGCCUUUGUAGCAGUUAACAGGCAUUCUACAGUUAGAUUAUGCCAUUAAUCGAUUGCGAAAGGGUUUUAAAUAAGUUUUAAAAAUAGCUAUGGAUGAAAAUGCAACGCUAUCCGGCCAUGCUAUUUGAGAUGAACGUGGUAUGCGACGCGUUGUCGGUAACUGAAUAGUGUACAGAAUAAUUAUUGAUAGCAUAAGAUAUUAAAUGUUGAUACCGAGAAUACUGAACAUACAUUAAACGUAUGUAUAAUCGCGCAAAAAAUCGUAAGCAUUGAUCGUGGUAAAAAAAAGCCGAGCCAGUAUUUAAAAUCCAGAUUUCUGUGUAGUGUUCUCUCAUAAGUGCAAUAUUUAGGUGUAGUAGUAUCAGGGUGUCACGAGUUUGCUCUGAGUUGCUAAUAGACGGACGAACAUCAGAAUAGGGUUCCUGUAGGUCCCAAUCUAACCCUGAAACUUUACAAACGACCCUAGUGGUGACAAUGGAAUUGGCCUAUGAAAGUGACUGGCUUCAUGGCAUGACUGUACGGUUUGGUAUAGUGAAGCGUGUUCUUUAUAAAUCAAAAGUUGAUUAGUCUUUGGUAUUGAACAAAAUAUGGGCCAUUCGGAUUACGUCACUAAACAAAAUCAUUAUUUUCAUAAAUGACAUAAUUAUUGCUGAACGGGGUCUGUAUAAUUGUGAAAAUAAUAAUAUAAUAUAUGUUGAUGUGUGAACAUUUUGAAUCAUCUACAGUGAGCGCGCGAGUUGAAUGCUGUCAGGGCCUGGGGUAAACAGCGGGAGUAUCUCCCCGCACGCGUCGCCUCGCGCGCCUGCAGUGUAGUGCUGUGCCGUCCUUGUCAGUUAUCGUACACUUACCGUGCUAUAGCGUUAAUACUAAUUAUGAAUGAUUCAAGUCCAUCAGAUUCUGGUCAAAAUAAAAAAAAAACUUUUUUUUAUUCAUCGCCAAGCACGUGAGAAAUGGCGAAAAAUGUUUUAGUCAUGUGUGUUGAAGAAAGGCAGAACAAAAAAUUUAAAAGUAAUUAUUAGGAAAAAAUUUAUAAUAUAAUGUUUUCAUCAUUUUAUCCUAGUUUAUAAUAGUAAAGUUAAAGUAUUUCUUAAAUUUAUCGACACACUCAUGAUUAUGGUCAUCAAUUAUAAUUAGGUCACAUCACUAUCGCAUUCCUGAACUCUGCAUUCAACUCGUACAUAUUGUAGCAAAGAUUUUGUUCCAAAUUCCAACACUGGGCAAAUUAUACCAUUUAGUUUACUUGAAAUCAUAAACCCAUCUGUUAUGACAUGUCAAUGUAUACACUGAUCACGAACUGAUGAUAUUUAAGACAUAUUGUAAGUAUACCCUGUGUCUCUCGUACUAUCAUAAUUCCGUCUCCCUCACGCCGUCUUCACUAACGAGCCUCAGAGCGAACCUCGUGAUAGACUCACUGUCAAUGCUCGAUGUAUUUUUGUAUGUGCUACGUGCCGUGGCGGCCAGUCUCAAUUAUGUUACAUUCACGUAGUUUUCAUAUUAUUAUUGUGUAGUUGUUGUCACCUACACGUUCUCUAAAUUUCAUUAUUUUUUCAAUAACUCCGUGUGGUAGUCUCAUUGAAAUUUAUCAAGUUUUUAUGUGAUUAGUGUAUGCGAUUUUUAAAAUUGGACGUUAAUUACAAGAUACCACGUCGUGCAAAUUGUAAAAUAUCUUUUAUAUACAAAUAAAAACCAAAUUGAGCAUAUACCUGCCAAUCAAUAUCAAACUUCCAAUUAUUACGUUAGCCAUUUUUUACCAUUAUACCUUUCCCAAAUCUAAUGGUAGUAAAUGCUUCUUUACUUAUUAACAUAAGCUUUCCCAAUGAAAUUACCUUUUGUGAGAUUUAGAAUAUUCUGUACUAGCCGCUAACGCUUGUGAAACACGCAGUCAUGCAAGGCGGAAGCGGUGUUGCCGAUAUUGCUAUCUUUAUCGCACUUAACGAACUAGUUCUUAAAUUAAUGUUUAUUAUUUCUAGUUCAAAAUGAAUUUCAGCUAUCUUUCGAUCUUGCUGACAACCUCGUGAAGAUAUACAUGUUAAUGUUCUCUUUCUAAGUAACUUUAGUGCAAGACCACAGCUGUUUUUUUUGGGUGCGUUUCAAACAGAAAACUGUUCGAGAGAAAACAAGAAUAAAAAUUCUAUCUGAGAUAUAUCAGAAAUGAGUGCAAAUGUUAUAUACCAUUUACACGUGUUCUGUUAGGCCACGUUGAAUCACUUGUGGAUUGAAAAGGCGCAAUUUAAUUUUAUGAAAUAAAUGAGUUUGCUUGUUAAAAAUAUAUAUAUCUCUACUUUCGUAAAAAACGUUGGCGGCUGUAUAGAUAUUCUUAUCAUUAUUAGCUGAAAAUAAAUGCGUGCUAUCAAAUAAACUAAUUUUAUGAUCCCUUGUCGUUUUGAAAAAGCUGCAAGUAAACAGUUCUGCAUAAAGGUGCACAAGAAACCGUAAAUAACCGAUAUAUAUAUAUAUAUAUUACCAACGCAGUGUGCAUGCAGCUUUAUGUAGAUUGUAACGUUACAUAAAGAUAUUUUUGUAUGGGGAGGGCGGGCGUGAAGCGAGUUGUAAAAUAAAUUAACUUUGCUAGAAUCUAGAUUUUAUAGUUCUUUUAUAGAAGAUUAAUUAUUAUUUUAAUGUUUGCUUUUAGAUGUUUCAUAAGUUUGUAAUGUUACUAUGAUAUUAGAGUAAAUCGUAACAUUUAAAGUAAACCGAAAGUGCCCAAUGAUGUCCGUUUUGUAAUGAGCAAUCCCUUUGAUUAGCAUUUUGUUAAUAAUGUUUAGGCAUCAAAAUUAGUAAAUAAGAAAAAUUAUCGACGCGUUGUUGAGUUUUAGUUAUCAAAUUGUUGAGGUUUAUGAGAAAUUGACUUAAUUUUUUUACCUGCAGUGCUAAACAAAGGGUUUGUUAGAGGCAUUGUUUAACAUCAAUAUUAAUAAUGUCGAUUUUAAGUAUUAAUAAGAAUUGUUUAUAAUAGUUUUUUUUUAUGUUUCAAAGAAGAAAUUCUAAUUACUAUUUUUGUUUCCAAUAUUUUAUCACUUUUACCUGUUUUCAUUGUAUUAUAUCUUGCUGUAUUACAGACAUAUCCAUUAUACAGACUGAUUUAAUAA